GUGUCUAUGUGUUAAAUCGAAAAUGGUGAAUGGAAAAAAUGGUUGUCGUCGGUCUUUGUUCUGAUUUUUUUUCAUCAAAAUCAUUAAACUUUAAUUAAAUUGAGAGAAGAACGAAGUGAAAUGAAAUGUUUAUAAACAUUUGUGUAAAAAACUGUCAAAAAAUUAUUGUUUGAGUGCGCAAAAUAGACCGUUUUAUCGUCGAAACAAUUUACUUGUUUUGUUUAUGUGGUGGUGGAUAGUACACAGAGAGUGCAGUAGAAAAAGUGUAUAUUGAUGACAAAAAAAUAUUCAAUUAAAUUUUGCAUGAGAUAAAAUCGAAAUUCAAAAGUGCGAAGAUGGGAAACAAAUGCUGCAGCAAGAGACAGGAUCAGGGUGUAAGCAUAGCGGGUUCUGGUGGCUAUAAAAAGAAUGAUUCCGGUUAUCCACCGUCUGGAUCAAAACAAAACGGCUCGCUGGACAGAUAUACACCCGAUCCGAAUCAAAAGCAGCUGAAACCAAAUAAACCAGGCGUAGACAUAAUACGACCGCGAACCAAUCCUCUAGGUUUGCCAGGUCAUAUGGGACGUAGAGUUGUUGUUGCUCUCUAUAAUUAUGCUGCAAGAGAAGACACUGACGUCAGUUUUGUGAAAGGCGAUCGAAUGGAGGUGCUCGAUGACACAGAAUCGGAUUGGUGGCGUGUCGUCCAUAUGACCACCAGACAGGAAGGUUUGAUUCCAUGGAAUUUUGUUGCUGAAGAGAAAAGUGUCAAUAGCGAAGAUUGGUACUUCGAGAGUGUUUCCAGAAAAGAAGCCGACAAACUAUUGUUGGCCGAUGAGAAUCCACGAGGAACAUUUUUAGUCCGUCCAUCUGAACAUAAUCCUAAUGGAUACUCGCUGUCAGUGAAAGACUGGGAAGAUGGUCGCGGUUAUCAUGUGAAACAUUACAAAAUCAAACCGUUAGACAACGGUGGCUACUACAUUGCGACGAAUCAGACGUUCCCGUCACUUCCUGCACUUGUUCUAGCAUAUAGCAAAAAUGCACUCGGAUUAUGUCACAUAUUGUCGCGAGCCUGUCCAAAACCACAACCGCAGAUGUGGGAUCUCGGACCCGAACUCCGAGACAAAUGGGAAAUUCCCCGAGCGGAAAUUCAACUAAUACGUAAAUUGGGCCGUGGCAAUUUCGGUGAAGUCUACUACGGCAAAUGGCGAAAUAGUAUAGACGUUGCCGUUAAAACGCUACGCGAAGGCACAAUGUCGACGCAAGCAUUCCUUCAAGAAGCUGCCAUUAUGAAAAAAUUCCGUCACAAUCGCCUCGUUGCACUGUACGCUGUGUGCUCGCACGAGGAACCCAUUUACAUCGUACAAGAAUACAUGUCGAAGGGAAGUUUGCUGGACUUUUUGCGAGAAGGAGCCGGAAAAUAUUUACAAUUCGAAGACUUGAUUUACAUUGCGGCACAAAUUGCAUCGGGAAUGGAAUAUUUAGAAUCCAAGCAAUUAAUACACAGGGAUUUGGCCGCUCGAAAUGUCUUGAUUGGCGAAAAUAAUAUUGCAAAAAUUUGCGACUUUGGUUUGGCACGUGUCAUAGCAGACGAUGAGUAUUGUCCCAAGCAAGGAUCUAGAUUCCCGGUAAAAUGGACUGCUCCCGAAGCCAUCAUUUAUGGAAAGUUCUCAAUCAAGUCUGAUGUUUGGUCGUAUGGAAUUUUAUUAAUGGAACUGUUCACCUAUGGACAAGUGCCGUAUCCAGGUAUGCAUAGCCGUGAAGUGAUAGAACAAAUCGAACGAGGCUAUCGUAUGCCGAAGCCCACAUCUCAUCCAGUGCCGGAUGUCGUUUAUCUGCUGAUGCUACAGUGCUGGGAUGGUGUUCCAGAGAAACGACCAACUUUCGAAUAUCUGAACCAUUACUUCGAAGGAUAUACGGUCACGUCGGAAGUCCCAUAUCGGGAGGUACAGGAUUAAACAGACAAAAACACCAAAGUAAGUUAAAUUUGACAAAACAGAGAAUAAGAAGAAAAAGUUGGAUUUCCUUUUAAUGAGAUAAAUCACGUACGGUUAAACAAUCAAGAUAAAAGAAGAUAAAGAAAAGAAAAACGUUUUAUUAGUUCCUGACAUACAAUUUAGCAUUUUGUACUUAAAUAAGAAGAAAAAGAAGCAUAUAGAAAUGGUAGCUAUUGUUGAUGGAUGAUGAACAUAAAAAAAUGACUAAUGUAUGCGAACCAUACAAACUAGAUAUUUAUACAGUAAAAGAAAAUACACAGAACACACUUUCACACAAAAAUCACUAGCAAUUUUUUCUUGAAGAAAGCGUAGCUAAAAAAGACAUUUUUCGAAUCUAAGCAACUAUCAAGACCGCUACGUUAUGCGGCAACGUUUUUUUUUGCCUUAUCUCCCAUUAACACAACUCGGUAAAUAUUCAAGUAAUAAUAUGAAUUAUGAAGGGACCGAAAAAAAAAACAUUCGCAGGCUUCCCACAUUCACCUAUUGUUUCUAUCAAGUUGAUUGAUGUUCGGUCUUGUUGGAAGUCUUAUUGAUUUGCCAAUUCUACCUCUCCUAAUGCGUAGAACACAAGCAUUUUGAAUUUUUAUUCCAUAUUGCAAGAACAAAUCGCAAUCGUAUUUAUUUAACGAGCUUAAUUCGACUAUUCAUACCAGCACGGCUAAAAGAAUUAUUAUCUCUUAGAAAGUAUUCCUCCGAACCUCGUAAGGUGAAAAUAGAGACUUCGGUAAACUUUUGGUAACCUCAGUAAUAUCUUUCAGUUGAGUCAUUGUCGAGAGGUAUCAUACCACUACCACACUGGUCCAAAUAAAAUUAGUUUCACUGGCAAUUUUUCGGGUAAUUUUUCAGUAAAUUUCGCCAAUACACUUUGAACCAAUGCUACAGGAUAUCUCAACACAAUGAGACUCUAACGAAAUAUACUGUGUUACCAUUAGCUAUAGUGUGUUAAUCUACAUUCUCUGAGCUACAGAUACUAUUUACAGAAAAUUUAUCAAAAUCACAUCCACAUUAAAAUUGCUCGUUCGGCAUGUGGUUUCUAUGGAGGGCUUUUGAUGGGUUUUGAAAUUAAGCUUCUCUAUGUUGCACACAUUGCAAUGUCAAAUAUGUGGCCAAAUGUCUUUAUUUGUGCUAGAUGGAGUCAGUCCUUUUUACUGAGUAAGCUGCAUAACCUUCCAAGUUUAAAAAAACUUGAAUUUGUCAACAAUGUGUGGCAAUGUGUGAAAACAAAAAUCAAAACCCACUCAAAACUGGUGGCUAUCCCCUUGUCCAUAGACAAUACGUGUACAACUUCUUUAUGGAGAAGAAGUAUUUGUAAAAGUUAGCAAUGAAUUUUUGAGUGGAAAGCCUGCAAUUUUAAAUGGGUCACCGUAUUACCCAAUCCAAGAGUUCCGCCCAUUUGUUUUUCUCUUACCAUAGUAAAGAUAUUCAUGUUCGGUUGGCUCUUUGAUUUCAAAUGGAACUCCACUAUUUUCUUUCAAAUAUACAAAAAAGAUUUGUCUUAAAAAGUGAUUUUCCUUCUUAUAAUCCAUCACCACGCGUAUCUUACAUACGAAAACGUUUUACUUUAGUUAGUUGAGUUUUCCCAAUUUUUCUCUUUUGUUUUUAGUUAUAAUCGUUAUUUCUAACUAUAUUUGAAUAUUUAAAUAAUCUCUAAACGAAUGAUUUUUUUUAAUUUAAUAAUAAACAUAAGUAAAUGAAUAAACAAGAUGAAUUGAUGAAAAGCAAAACCAAAGCAUAAUUUAUUCACGAAAUUAAACUUUAAAGGAGAAAUGAAAGCGAAAAUUUUAUUGCAUCACUUUAAUGAUGGCAACAGGUCAAGUUCGGGUCUUAUUAAAUAAGUUAAAUUUAGUCUUGCGUAAGGACGCGACUGUAAUAAGCAUUCAUAUCUUUGAUCAGUUGCACAACUUCGACUGCCUUUAUCUCUCUGUCAGUUGAAUAAUUAUAAAGAGAGCGAAAUACGGUCAAAGUUGUUAACUGGUCAAAGUUAUGAAUGGUUGUAAGGUGAUGGUAGGGAUUUUUCAAGUUGCCUACGUUCCUUCUACUGUAAAGACUCUACCCAUCCAAAAGACUAUUUACUAAGACCUGAAAAGUGACUUGUUUCCAGCCUGGUUAAUGAUCUCAUAUGGGACACAUAGAUCUGAUGAAAGCAUCACAAAAAACAUUUUUUAUAUAUUCGCUUGAACGACUUCUGACUGAAAAUUGUUGCACAUCCAUUAUUAUAAACAAUUUACUAUUCUUUUAAGUGUAAACGUUAUAGUUGUAGUAAAAUUAGCAGUGAAAAUGGUCAAAUGACCAAACUGUUACAAGAUAUACACAGAACUAUAUCGGUUCAUCAACUUUCGUUGCUGUAAUUGUAUUCGAAUUAAGUUUUAAAAUUUAAAAAAAUGCGCAGAUUUUCGAUAAACGGUACGUUGAAAACAUAGACUAGCGCACGGUCGAACACUUGACGGACGUACAACCUAUUUUCUUGAUAUCAUUUUCGGUUUACAACUAUUCUUAGACUGUCACACACUCAUCCAAGUCUUCUUAGUAUAAAAAGCAUAAAAUUGAUAAGCAGUUGUAAUCAAUCAGAAGCGCAACAAACGGGAUACGAAUGUUUUAAAAGGAUCUUUCCGGAAUCUCUUUAUCGAUUGAGAUAAUGGGAUCGAAUUUACUUUUGCAUAUUACAAUCAAUCAAUCAGACAAAGAAAAGAAGCAAAUUUAUUUUAAUUUAUAUUUAUGUUGAUUGGUUAGUAUACUUUACUACCGGUAGAUUGUUGAAUGGAAUCACACAAUAAAAUACCAAAAUCUAAUUCGAAUGAUACAAAAAUCAAAUUUUUCAUUCUCUAAAUAUUGUAAGUUGUAGUUAGUAAUGUGAGUUUUUUAUGUAAACGUUUUAGAUCACAAAAUUUAAAGAUGAUUAACGAAAAAUCAUUUUAUUGAAAAUUUCAUGUUUUAAGAUAAAAAAGAGAAAUGAAUUUAUUUUGAGCGAAAGUUAUUCAUUUCACCUGUACAAAAACAAUAGAUGGAUCAAUGUAGCAUAAUGGUCUCAAAAGAAUAAUUCCUUUCACUUCACACUGACAAAGACAAAUGCAAUUAAUAAUUUUUAGAUGAAAUAUUAGCCGCAAGCUAUGUCGUCUAUUUUGAUAUGGAGACCGCACACAAAAGCUUAUGACUAGUGGGAUUAGUUGUAAGUGAAGCUGAAUACCUUGCUCCUUUAAUCAAUUUCACAAUUUCUGUUGAUAGCUGACCAACGUGCUGAAGAGUUCUUUUCUGAAAAUUGGAAUUACCUAAAAUUCUUGAAGAAUACUUCGAAAAUUGCAAGAAUUGUCAACAGUUUUAAUUCUCGAAAAUAGAGGUCCUGGCAUAUACAUAACAUAUCUACAGCAUGAUUUCUCGGGAAUUUGUUGCUUUUUUGAAAAUUGAAUUUCAAAGACGCAUAAAAUUUUAGAAAAUGCAAUCUUGUCGCGAUAUAACAGCGGUCAGGAGUUUAAUUUUUUCAUUGCUGUCGAUAACAGAUGAUUAGCCGUUUCUGAAAACUUAACUUAAAUGUGAGUUCACUAAAGAUUCUCUCCGAGUAUUUUCCAUUUUUUAAAAGACUUCCAAAGGAUUUUAUUUUCCUCUAAAUGUACGAAGGACUCUUGAUGUUUAUAUGCGAUUGAAAGACUAAUUGUGUUAGUAAUGACUCAAAACUUUGUUUGGAUUGAAAUUUCCUUUCGUUUAUUUUCGAACACAGGUAAGAAGCGAUAUCAAAUGCCAUUAACAGGUCUCAGAACAGUGCUAUAGAAUCCAGUUUAUAGUCUCCAAAUAAAUAAACAUUCUAAACUUCAAUCAAUAACAUUUACAACUUUGACUUUUACACACAAAAAAACAUUAGUUUAAAAUAGUCACUAACACACGGAACACAACUAACUUAUUAAGCAUUUUAGCGAAGCGAUUUAAUGAGCUAUAUUCCAAUGCAAACACUGAAAAUAAAAAUUGAAAGUCUGAUAAAAAAUAAUAA